AUGUCCUGUAUCCUGCAGCAACGCCGGCAGCAGCAGCAGCAGCAGCAGCAGCAGCAGCAGCAGCAACGGCAGCAACGGCCCAAGUCAGGAGCGGAGCUCGCAGCAGCUGCUGGUGCUGUGAGCCCAGCAGCAGCAGCAGCAGCAGCAGCAGCAGCAGCAACACACGGCAGCAACAGCGAGGCCGCGAACCAGAGGCAGAAACGCCGACUCGCAGCAGCAGCACAAGCAGCAGCUGCAGCAGCACUGCCAACAGCAGCAACAGCAGCAGCGUUAGCAGCAGCAGCAGCAGUAGUAGUUGCAACAGCAGCAACAGCAGCAAGACUAGCACCAGCACGAGCACAAGCAGGAGCAGCAGCACUUGCAGCAGCAGCAGCAGCAGCAGCAGCAGCAGCACUGACAGCAGCAGGAGGAACACUAACAGCAAGAGGAGCACUGGCAGCAGCGGAAGCCCCGGCCGCUGCACCAGCAGCAGCAGCAGCAGCUCCAGCAGCAGCAGCAGCAGCAGCAGCCGCAGCAGCAGCAGCAGCAGCAGCAGCAGCAGCAGGUACCUCUGCGCAGCCCUGA